AUGGAACGCCGUCAGAUGCAGAUAUUGACCGCAGUCACAGCACCGAAAGCUAAUAAUGGUAUUGAUCCACGCAAGUUCUCAAGCUGGAGAAAACUGAUCCGCGUAACGGCACGAAUACGCAGACUGGCAGUAAAGAUACGACUGAAGAAAUACGACCAACACGGAAAGGAAGGACCGCUGACCCCUGAAGAGCUUCACUCGUUCAAAGAUGAAAACGGAAUUAUCAGAGUUGGAGGAAGAGUGGAUGAAGCUAUCGUGUCAUAUGAAACAAAGCAUCCCGCCCUUCUUCCGAGUGACCACUGGAUCUCCUUGUUGGUAACAAGACACGCUCACCAGUACGGACACUCCGGCGUAGCCGCUACUACAGGCAAGACAAGGAGGAAGUUCUGGAUCUUAAAAGCGAACAAGCUAAGCAAGUCCGUGAAAUCUAAGUGUGGAUUCUGCCGUGAAAUGGCACACAAGGCUGAGACGCAACUCAUGGCAGACCUUCCUGUUCUCCGUUUAGCACCACACACCCCGCCGUUUUACUACACCGCGUGUGAUUACUUUGGUCCCUAUAAAGUUAAAGUUGGAAGAAGCAAGACGGCUAAGCACUACGGAGUGAUCUUCACGUGUUUAAACACCAGGGCUGUCCAUUUAGAGUUAGCAGUUGACCUAACUACGAUGGAGUUCAUCCAAGUGCCUCGCAGAUUCUUUUCAAUUCGAGGAUACCCAGCAGUGAUAUUGAGCGAUAACGGAACACAGAUGGUUGGGGCCGCUAACGAACUAGGAGAGAUGGUGAAAAACCUAGAUGGCAAUCAGUUACGCGAGUUCUGUGGAGAAAAGAGCAUUAAGUGGAUCUUCACAACGCCAGCUGCGCCACACCAAAACGGUUGCGCAGAAGCCCUUGUAAAGAGCUGUAAGAGAUCACUAAAGAUUGCAAUCGGCGAACAACUUCUGACGCCUUUCGAGUUGUACACCUGCCUCCUGGAGAUUGCGAACCUGUUGAACCAACGUCCCAUCGGGCGCAUCCCUAAUGAUCCAGACGACGGAGCUUACCUGUGUCCGAACGACAUGCUCCUUGGAAGAGCCACUCCGGAAGUACCACAAGAUCCGUUUAAGGACACCAGAAAUCCCCGCAAGCGAGUAGAGUUCGUGCAAAGAAUCGUUGAUUCAUUCUGGAAACGCUGGACUAGGGACGUCUUCCCUACCCUAGUACCAAGAAAGAAGUGGCACGUUGAGAACCGCAAUGUCGCAGUUGAUGACAUAGUUACGGUAGCCGACCAGAACGCUGUGAGAGGCAAGUGGGCUGUAGGCAGAGUAACAAACGUACACCCUGGAGCUGACGGACGCGUUCGAAACGUUACAGUCAAGACAGCCACUGGAGAGUACAGCCGUCCAGUAACGAAGACUGCAGUCAUUCACCCUGCUGAAGGCGACGAUUAA